UUGAUGAUAUUGGUUGAUGAUGCUGGAGGAGCAUAUGCACGUAUUGAUCAUUCACCAUGGAAUGGUUGCACAUUGGCUGAUUUUGUAAUGCCAUUUUUUCUCUUCAUUGUUGGUGUUGCAAUUGCUCUUGCCUUAAAGAGAGUUCCCAAGGUUAGUGCUGCAAUUAGAAAAGUAACACUAAGGACAUUGAAGCUUCUCUUUUGGGGAAUUAUUCUACAAGGAGGAUACUCACAUGCACCAUAUGAUCUAGCUUAUGGAGUGGACAUGAAAGUUAUAAGAUGGUGUGGUAUUCUACAGAGAAUUGCCUUGGUGUACUUGAUAGUGGCUUUAAUAGAGAUCAUAACAACCAAGCUGAGGCCAACAACUUUAACCCCUGGCCAUUUCUCAAUUUUCACUGCCUAUAAAUGGCAAUGGCUUGGAGGAUUCGUUGCAUUCGUUGUUUACAUGACAACAUUAUAUGGUCUUUAUGUUCCUGACUGGAACUUUCUGGAGCACGACGGAGAUACAUCACAAAGAUACACUGUAAAAUGUGGUAUGAGGGGGCAUUUAGGACCUGCCUGCAAUGCAGUAGGUUACAUUGAUCGACAAGUUUGGGGUAUCAAUCAUCUGUACAAUCAACCUGUUUGGGCACGUUCCAAGGCAUGUACAUUGAGUUAUCCAGAAACAGGUCCAUUUCGGGAUGAUGCUCCUACUUGGUGUCGCGCUCCAUUUGAACCUGAAGGCUUGCUAAGUUCAAUUUCAGCUAUCAUGUCUGGAACAAUUGGCAUACAUUAUGGACAUGUCUUGAUUCAUUUUAAGGGUCAUGGUGAGAGGCUAAAACAAUGGAUCUCAAUGGGGUUUGGUUUACUUAUCAUAGCCUUUAUUCUACAUUUUUCAGACGCAAUUCCUCUAAACAAACAACUAUAUAGUUUUAGCUAUGUUUGUUUCACUGCUGGUGCUGCUGGAAUUGUAUUUUCUGGAUUCUAUAUACUGAUUGAUGUUUUGGGAAUGAGAAUCCCAUUUUUGUGGUUGGAAUGGAUUGGAAUGAAUGCAAUGUUGAUAUUUGUAAUGGGAGCACAAGGCAUCUUUGCUGGAUUUAUAAAUGGAUGGUAUUUCAAAAAUGAAGACAACAACCUUGUAAAUUGGAUUCAACAUCAUGUAUUCUUUGAUGUGUGGAAAUCACAAAGAUUGGGAACUUUAUUGUAUGUAAUAUUUGCUGAAAUUACAUUCUGGGCAGUUCUUGCUGGGAUCUUGCAUAGACUUGGUAUCUAUUGGAAACUAUAAAAAAUAAUCACACAACAAGAAAGGCAAACGAAAGUUG